GGAGCUCCCAGCUGCAGGCAACAUCUGUUUGCACACACCAUGCAGGGGCUGGUUCUGCUGUGGGCAUGUCUGGUGCUACCAGUUUCAGGUAAUGGAGCCAUGAAGGGCCCGAAAGAGAUAAGCGGCUUUGAAGGUGACACCCUGGCUGUGAGAUGUACCUACAGCCAAGAGUGGAUAAAGCAUGGGAAAUACUGGUGCAAGCAGGGUGGGCUCCUGAUCUCCCGCUGCUCGAACACCAUCUACACCAGAGGCGACCAGGAGGUGACACAGGACAGGUUGUCCAUCCGGGACAGCCCCCAAGAGCUCGCGUUCACAGUGACAGUGAAGCACCUCACCCUGGAAGAUACUGGGAAAUACUGGUGUGGUGUCAACAUCCUGGGCCCCGAUAAGAUUUUUGAGGUGACGCUGAUUGUCUUUCCAGGAAAUCGGGACAGCGCCAGUACCACUGGCCACUGCUGUCCUCCUCCCACUCCCUCCUUCCAGCCUCUUACCGCUGUACCAAGCCUGCAGCGCCCACAGCCCAAGUCAAAAGGGAGUUCCCAUCCAGCCAUCCUGGUGGACUCCACCACAGCUGAGGACACCAAUCCUGUCCCCAGCAGCAGCCGCUCCAAGCACAGUGUGACCAUCCCAAUGGUCCGUAAGUUGGCUCCAGUCCUGGUGAUCUUGUCACUUCUGCUGGCCACGGGCCUCAUUGCCUUCGGCAGCUGUAUCUUCCAGUGGAGAAAGAAAGCUCAGCUGGCCAUGGAAACACAGAAAAAUGAACAGAAGGAUGAGAAGGUCUACCUUCCAGGCUCGGCAUUGGGGAACGGCUGGGUCCCUGAAGAUGCCAUGAUCAGCCUCGCAGGGCCAAUCAGGCCUGAUGACAAACCGGAGCCCUCUGCCAGCCCCUGCAAGGAGAUCCAGAGCCUCAGACAGACCACAGAGGAAGAGGAGGCUCCUUCCGAGGACCCCAAGGGAAACAUGAUCUUGGCUCCUCCCCUCCAGAUGUCUCAGGAGGAGCUGGACUUCUCAGAGUUCAUCCCUGUGUAAUUCAAACCCCGCCCUCCUCGCCCAUCCAGAAAGCUGAUUGGCUGAAUUUGUACUAAUUCUCCAGAAAGUUUUGCCACAGCUUCAGGAUCCAUCUACCCCCACCUCCCCAGGCCCCCUUCCUGUGGGCAUGGUGGUUUCAUGUCCCUGGGCAGGGUGCACAGUUGUGGACCCUCAGCAGGGCCAGGCAAGGCUCAGCAGAUCUGGGCUGAGUUUUGUUUCCUCCAGGACCCCUCCUCCCUGUCCCACCCUAGGUAGCCAAUGGCAGGCCUUGCUUCCCCCACCUCCCCCUGCCCCAUGCCCACUCUUCCCCCUGAAAUUCUCCUGCAUCCUCUGCUGAGAGGGGGGAAGUAGGUUGUAC